CCCCGCCGCCGGCCACCGCCUGAUCGGCGGCGCGGGAGUGCCGCCUUGCCUCCGCCGCUGGUUGAUCGCUGCCACCGCCUACCUUUUUUAGAGUCGGUGGUUAUUGGAGCUCUAGAGCCCCGAACUCUAAAGUUCCGCUGCCUUGACCACCAUCCUAGCCGCCGGCGGUCUCGCCGGUGGCCGCUCCGCCAUCUCGCAUCUCUUGUUGGCGGACCCUCCACCUCCUCUCUUAGCUCACCCGCGACCGCUCCCCCUCCUCAGCUUGGGGAAGAAGAUGAACAGGAUCUCCGGUUCUUCUGCGAUGGCAUCGUGCGCAGUAACGCGCGCGUUAGAAUAGAUUUCCCCGGCAGAAACGGCGCGGGUCCGAGGGCCGGCGUGCACGCGGACAGGUGGGCGCGCGUACCGCAUUCUCUGUGCGUACUCCGUACGCAGACGCGCGCGCGCGGGGAACGGGUUGACUCUCCGUGCGAGCGAGCGAGCGAGCGAGCGAGAGGUGGGCUGGGUUAGGGCAGAGCUGAGCUGAGCUGAGCAGGAGUCGCCGGAGCCGGGGCGGGUCGCGGUCGGCGCCAGGCUGUCGGGAAAGCGAGGCGCCGAGGCCGCAAGUGGCCCGCGGUGCGCUCCAGCUGGCACGCAUCCCCCCUACUACUGCUGCCGUCAUCCCUCUCGUCCUAUCGGCCAUCGCAUCCCGUCCCGUGACACGACACUCCACGCUUCCACACCAUCAGCUGCUCGCUGUCCGUCAGUAUACAAGGCUGCUGCUGCUGCUACUGUAGCAGUGUACAGCAGCCAUCAGAUCCGAUCAUCACACCGUCCGUCGUCUGCCCAGCCCAGCAACUAAUCCCUAAUCACCACCCUGCUACUCGCGACCACGCAAGAACAGCUCGCCUCGCCUCGAGCUGCGCGCCCUCCCGCCUCAGCUCGCCAGCUGCUGGCUUCGCUUGCGUGCGCUCCCCGCCUAACCGCUCUCCUAAUCUUUUGUUUAGCCGCGGCCCCGGCGACUAAUCUUUCCCGCGGGUGGUGCUGGUAUAAGUAGCGGCCGCCGCCGCCCUCCCUUCCUCGCGCCCUCCUCGCCCCAGCUCUGCCCUCCUUCCUCCGCACCGAGCCACCGACCCGUCCUGCUUACUCUGCCCGGCCGGCCUCUGCCUCGACCCACCCGCUGCCCGCUCCGCCCCCCACCACCAUCACCUGCUCAUCCGCCCGCCAUGGAUCCCUGCUCCGGGGGCCUUGCCGUGGCCGGGUUGCGCGCGGGCGGGGCUCUGCCGCGGCCGUCGUCGUGCCUGCUCCUCGUCGCCUGCUGCAGCCUCACCACCAAGCGGCUAUAGCGAGCGGGUGCGCGCCCACCGAGCUCGCAGCUCGGACCUCAGCAAGCCAGCGUCCAUCCCAUCUGAAGCCCGGCGGCUCCUUCGUGAGGGCCCAAGGAGGCGGUCCCCAAACACAGCUAUCUUUUCCUAAAAUCAUACAAUGAUAUAGGAUCUGACACCAUGGAUAUUCCAAACUUUCAUCAUCAGCAGCAACAGCAAUGUCGGGAGCUGGUUUCUAGUGACGCGGCACCAUGGAUCCCCAGCCGUUCGUGCGACUCUCUGUCGGCCAGCUCGGUCUCAAGCUCCCCGCCGGUGGAAAUGCUAGCAAGGCGGCGUCCCGGCUCUGCGACUGCGAGAUCCGGCUCGGCGGCUUCCCGGUGCAGACGGCUCAGGUUCCGCUGAUCCAUUCGCCGGAGUUCAACCUCGACCCCUUCACCAACGCGGCGGUCUUCUCCCUCGACGAGUCCGACCUCAAGGCGCUGGCGGCGCCGGGGUGCUUCCGUGCCCCGCGGUCGUACCUCGAGGUCGCCGUGUACCUGGCCCGCUUCGGCGCGCGCUGCGGCGUCGCCUGGAGGAAGCGGCUGGUGGGCGUGUUCAGGGUGGAGCUCGCGUCGUCGUCGGAGUGGCGGGAGGGGAAGCCCGUGCUGCUGCACCAUGGGUGGGCCGGCAUCGGCAAGGGCGAGGCCAGGCCGGAGCUCCACCUCAGGGUCAAGAUGGAGGCGGACCCCCGGUACAUCUUCCAGUUCGACGAUGAGAUCGCGCUCAACCCGCAGGUUGUCCAGCUCCAUGGCAGCAUCCGUCAGCCCAUCUUCAGCUGCAAGUUCAUCCGCGACCGGCGGCCGUCUCAGAGUGACCCGUUGGGCGGGCAGUACUGGUCGAGCUCCGGCAGCGAGGAGAAGGACAUGGAGAUGGUGAGGAGGGAGAGGAAGGGCUGGAAGGUGGUGAUCCACGACCUGUCCGGCUCGGCCGUCGCGGCGGCGUUCAUGGCCACGCCGUUCGUGCCGGCGCCGGGCGGCGACACGGUGGCGCGGUCCAACCCGGGCGCGUGGCUCAUCGUGCGCGCCGACACCACGGGGUCGUCGGAGAGCUGGCAGCCGUGGGGCCGGCUGGAGGCGUGGCGGGAGUCGUCGGCGCCGGCGGCGGUGGCGAGCAGCAGGGAUACGGUGCGGCUGCGGCUGCACCUGCUCCCGGACGGGCAGGACGACUGCGUGCUCGUGUCGGAGGCGCCUCUGAGCAGCGACAAGGGCGGGGAGUUCUCCAUCGACAUGGACCGGCAGGUGCCGGCCGCCACGGCGGCGGACCACUGCGCGGCGAGCCUGGGUGCCGCUUGCGCCGGCGGCGGGUUCGUGAUGAGCUGCAGGGUCGAGGGGGAGGCGAGGAGCAGCAGGCCGUUCGUGCAGCUCGCCAUGCGGCACGUCACUUGCAUGGAGGACGCCGCCAUGUUCGUCGCGCUCGCCGCGGCCGUCGACCUUAGCGUCAAGGCAUGCCGGCCGUUCCAGAGGAAGCCCAACAAGAAGGCCGGCUCGCCGGCGCCCGACCCUCUCGAGCUCGACACGUAGAAGCACGGCUCAGGCACACACUGUAAAUUGACUUAGCAUCCAUCCAUGGCCAUGGAAUCCAUCUUCUAACUUUGUAAAUUCACUUAUUUUCACAAACUGGAUAGCAUCGCUUUCAGCAAUCAGAACUCUAUCGUUUGAUCUUGAUUCAAA